AUGUCGUCUCUUUCCUCGAUGCUAGCGACAUAUCGCAUUUCAUCUCACACCGGCUUCGCACCCGACACACCAUGUCCAUCUAAAUUCAAUUCUUCUCGUUUUGACCCGUGGUUAGCCAUCGCUGCACGACUUCCGGACCUCAUCAAGACAAACGCCAUCCGCAAGGCACUCGAAGAGUUGCCUGUGCUCUCACCAGACGGCUCAUCUCCCGAAAAUAAAGAUAAUGGAGAUGGAUUGGGUGACUAUGACGAGUAUAGACUCGCAUACGUCCUCCUUUCUUUCUUUGCCCAAGCGUAUAUAUGGGGAAACACCUCCAACAACGAUCAACCUUCGAACACACUCCCACCAUCUAUUUCAGUUCCUCUUACGCAGGUUGCAUACGACUUGGGCGUUAUACCGUCAUUUGUGUAUGCUGCCGGAUCGCUGUGGCUCGUCACGGAUGACCCUACAGGUCCCAAUGGGAAGAGAUGCGUCGUAUCCUUUACGGGAACCAGGGACGAGGAACACUUUAACCUCACGACUUAUGCCGUCGAGCAAGCCGGUGGACGUGCGCUGCAUAAUGCUCUAUUGGCUUCCAAAGAAGUCGGUGCACAUACGCCUCACGCUCAGCACCUUCAUAACGUGAAUGGAGCGAAUGGGUCGAGCAAUAAAGCUAGCGCGGGUGAGCAAGCCAAGGACGCAGGAAAGAUUGUCGAAGCGUUGCGAGAGGUCGCCGACGCUCUCAAGCAGUGCAAGGUCAUCUUGAAUUCGAUGAGACAGGGAUGUGAUCCAGAUGUGUUUUAUAAUCAGCUCCGUCCGUACCUCGUCGGGAGCCUGUCUGUAGAGAGAGGUGUGAGAUAUCUCGGCACGGGUGGGGCAGAAGGGGAGGGAAUCGUUCGCCGGUUCCCUGGAGCGAGCGCCGCGCAGUCACCGUUGUUCCAAUCGCUUGACGUUUUACUUGGUGUGAAGCAUUCGUCUGGCGGGCGAGAAGCCUUUGUCAAGGAAAUGCAAAAGGCCAUGCCAGACGACCAUGUCCGGUUCAUACACGACCUAUCAAAUUUACCAUCCAUUUCCGCAUUCGUAUCAACUCAACCAGAAGAUUCAGAGGUGAGGGCGGUGUAUAAUGAAGCCAUCAAAGCGUUGGGCGAGUUCCGAAGCGAGCAUGUGAGGAUUGUGACGUCGUAUGUCCUCCAGCCAUCCAAAAAGGCCGCAAAAUCCGAUCCAAGCAGCCAAGAAGACGCGCCCAAACAAGGUAGUGGUGGCAGCGCCGAUCUGAUGGGACUCUUGAAGGGAAUGCGAGAUGAUACGGGACAAUCAGUGUUGAAGGCUGACUAG